UUUUUUGCUUCCGGCUAACUCCCGUUACAGGAUGUCUGGAGUCGGCUUAUGCAGUCUACCCAGGAAACACUACAUAACCAAAAUAGAACUCUGCUAAGGCAAUCCUAAUCCUAUGACACGAAGAUGCGUGUUGUGCUUUCCAAAGCUGCUGCCUUUCUCGCUCUCACGUCACCAUCCCUUUCAAUUUUUCAUCCAUGAUUUAAAGAUUUUUGUCGUCUCAAGAACCAGCCAGCUCUCAUCUCCUUCGCUCGCCCUACUCUGUUUCUCUGAUCUUUAAUAACAGGUUUCUUGAUUAUCUUUCACAGACACUGCUCAUGGCUUCUUCAGUCUCUUCGGAUCCUAUCCAACCUCGAGAUGUUUGUAUUGUUGGGGUUGCACGUACUCCCGUGGGCGGCUUACUUGGGUCUCUUUCCUCUCUUUCUGCAACGAAGCUAGGAUCAAUAGCAAUUGAAUGUGCUCUUAAAAGGUCAAACCUUGAUCCAUCACUCGUGCAAGAGGUUUUCUUUGGGAAUGUUCUAAGUGCAAAUUUAGGGCAAGCUCCUGCUAGACAGGCUGCACUAGGUGCAGGUAUACCCAAUUCAGUAAUCUGCACCACUGUUAACAAAGUUUGUGCAUCAGGGAUGAAAGCGGUGAUGCUAGCAGCACAGUCUAUUCAAUUGGGCAUUAAUGAUGUUGUCGUAGCUGGCGGCAUGGAAAGCAUGUCAAAUGCUCCCAAGUAUCUAGCAGAAGCAAGACAGGGAUCUCGACUAGGUCAUGAUGCUAUCAUUGAUGGGAUGCUCAAAGAUGGCUUGUGGGAUGUAUAUAAUGACUUCGGAAUGGGAAUAUGUGCAGAAAUAUGUGCUGACCAACAUAUGAUACCAAGAGAAGAGCAGGAUUUGUAUGCUAUUCGAAGCUUUGAGCGUGGAAUUGCUGCACAAAAAGGGGGUCUCUUUGCUUGGGAAAUAGUUCCGGUUGAAGUUUCUAGGGGCAGAGGGAAACCAUUCAUAGUAGUUGACAAGGAUGAAGGUUUACUGAAGUUUGAUGCUGCCAAGUUGAAGAAGCUUAGACCAAGUUUUAAGCCGGAUGGUGGGUCUGUUACAGCUGGCAAUGCUUCUAGCAUAAGUGAUGGUGCAGCAGCGUUAGUAAUGGUGAGUGGGGAGAAAGCACUUAAGCUUGGGUUGCAAGUUAUUGGCAAAAUCAGAGGAUAUGCUGAUGCAGCUCAGGCACCUGAAUUAUUUCCAACCGCCCCGGCCUUAGCAAUACCAAAAGCUAUUUCAAAUGCUAGUCUUGAUGGUUCUCAAAUUGAUUAUUACGAAAUAAAUGAAGCCUUUUCUGUUGUGGCUCUUGCCAAUCAAAAGUUGCUAGGCCUUAAUCCUGAAAAAGUGAAUGUGCAUGGUGGAGCUGUAUCUUUGGGACAUCCAUUAGGAUGUAGUGGAGCUCGUAUCUUAGUCACGUUGUUAGGGGUACUGAGCCAUAAGAACGGGAAGUACGGAGUUGCUGGUAUCUGCAAUGGGGGAGGAGGGGCAUCUGCCCUCGUUCUCGAGCUCAUGCCAGUUUCAAGGGUGGAACGUUCUUCGUUAUGAAAUUAUAAUCUAUUCCAUCACCAUCAUACUAUUAUGCAAUUUGUUCAUUCCUUUUCGAGGGCUUGUUCUUCUUAUAACAAUGCUGGAAUAAAUAUAUCAGUAUAACUCAA